CUGAUUUCUUUUUUUUUUUCUCUUUGUUCUUUUUUUUACUGUUUUUCUUUUUAUAUAUAUAUCUAUAUCAUUUAAAAAUCAUAUCAUGUCUGUCACUAUUAGUACCCCAGAACAAGGUGAAGGUGCUAUUCGUAGAUCCGUUUUAGCACAAGAUAAUUUAUCACGUUUCCCUGCACCUCAUGUUGAAACCUUGUAUGAUGUUUUACAAUAUAGCGUUACGAAACGUCCAAAUCACUCUGCCUUAGGUUAUCGUACUCUCGAAAAGAUGAUCCAGGAAGAAAAAGAAGUAACUAAGAUUAUUGAUGGUGUUGAAACAAAACAAAAGAAAACUUGGAAUUAUUUUCAACUUUCUCCUUAUACCUAUGUUUCUUAUACUGAAAUGUCUACCAAGGUACAUACCAUUGGUAAUGGUCUCUCUCAUUUGGGCCUGAAACCUAAAUCAAAGAUAGAAAUUUUCGCUCCUACAAGUGCGGAAUGGAUGUAUAUGGCUUAUGGUGCUUUCACUCAAAACAUUACCAUCGUGACGGCUUAUGAUACUUUAGGUGAAGAAGGAUUACUCCACUCUAUGAAUGAAACUGGAGCUGAAGCUGUAUUUACUUCUUCUGACUUACUUCCUGUGGUUCUCUCCAUUUUACCCAAGUGUACCACCAAACCAAUUGUUAUUUAUACUGGUGAAGCAAAGAAAGAAGUAUUGGAAAAGGUUUCUGAACUUGCUACAGUUUAUACCGUGAACGAACUCGUUGCUAUUGGUGAAGCCAAUCCCAAGGAACCCGUCAAACCUGUUAGUGAAGACUUGGCCUGUAUUAUGUAUACCUCAGGUUCUACUGGUAAUCCCAAAGGUGUCAUGCUUGAACAUUCCAAUCUGGUCGCUGCAAUUGCUGGUGUCAACACUUAUCUUGGACAUCAUUUCCGCCCAGAUGAUACCAUCAUGGCAUACUUACCUUUAGCUCACGUGCUCGAAUUCUUGGUGGAAUCAUUAGCUCUUUUCCUUGGAAUGACUUUGGGAUAUGGUAGUCCACGUACAUUAACUGACGCUUCUGUACGAAACUGUCAAGGUGAUAUCAAAGAAUUCAAACCAUCCAUUAUGACUGGUGUGCCUCAAGUAUGGGAAUCUAUUCGUAAAGGUGUUGUUGGUAACGUCUCCAAAGCUAGUCCUACAGCUCAAGCCAUGUUCCAACAUGCUCUUUCUACAAAAUCCUGGUUGAUGAAGCGUCACUUACCCACUGGAUGGAUUGAUCGUUUGGUGUUUAGUAAGGUCAAGGAACAAGUAGGAGGUCGUUUACGUUUUGGAUUGAGUGGUGGUGCUCCUUUGGCAUUGGAAACUCAAGAAUUCUUAUCAUCUGCAUUGGCUCCUAUUCUUGGUGGUUAUGGCAUGACUGAAAGUUGUGGUAUGGCAUGUAUUAUGAGUCCUGAAUAUUUCGGUUAUGGUCACGUUGGUUUACCUGUACCCUGUACUGAAAUCAAAUUGGUAGAUGUACCUGAAGCCAAUUAUUUAUCUACAAAUCAACCCAAGCCUCAAGGUGAAGUGUGGGUUCGUGGACCAUCUAUCUGCCGCGGGUAUUAUAAGCAAGAAAAAUUAACCAAGGAAACCAUUACAGAAGAUGGUUGGUUACGAACGGGGGAUGUUGGUGAAUGGAAUGAAGAUGGUACAUUGUCUGUGAUUGAUCGUAUCAAGAAUCUGGUCAAGCUCAGUAAUGGUGAAUAUAUUGCUUUGGAAAAACUGGAAUCUGUUUAUAAGACCGUUAUGGGCGUUUCCAAUGUAUGUGUUUAUGGUGAUUCUCUUCGACCUAAACCUGUUGCACUUGUGGUACCUGUUGAAUCUCAAUUACGAAAAUUGGCCAAAACGCAAGAAUUGGAAGUAGCUAAUGCUUCAUUUGAAGAUUUGUGUCAAAAUGAACAAGUUCGCAAAUUGGUAUUGGAUCAACUAUUAGCACAAGCAAAGAAGGCACAAUUGAAACCAGCAGAAUUGAUCUGCAAUGUUUACUUAUGUCACGAAGAAUGGACAUCUACCAAUGGAUUAAUGACAGCUGCUCAAAAGUUAAAACGACAUGAAAUCAACAAAACCUACAAACAAGCUUUGGAUGACAUGAAUGCUGCUCAAAAGGCAUAAGAAGGGACCAAAUGUUUAGUUAGUUUUUUUUUUAUCUAUUGAAAUAAAAUUGUAUUGAAUCUAA